UAAUGGAAGUCGCUAGCUAGUUGAGAGUGAAGCGAGUAGUUUGCAACGCUAGUGAGAAAAAGACCCAUGUCAUGGCAGGUAUUGGUACGCAAAAACCAUGCCUCAUAGUAUUUCGGCACCGUGCUAGUGACAGCCGGGUAAGCCAGCUUGACAGCGGCUGCACUCUGUCUAUGCGCCAUUGUAAUUAUGCCAAUCAAGCUUUAUAAAUUAGGAACACUUCUUUUUUAAUUAUCCUACGUAUUCGCCAGUUUGUCAUGUUUUGGAAAUGCAGACAGCAUCGUGCAUGUUUCACUCCAAAGUAUUAUUAUUUUUCCAGACACUGAUAGUGCGUUGGUUGCCGUAGUGGGAGUGUCCCUGGCUGUUCAACUGAUUGACUUAUUUUCUAUUUAGGGGACAGCCUUGUAGCUGCAAUAGUGUGCAGCUGCAGCCCGCAAUUCGGGGUGUUCCUGCAUGUGGCCACCCUUGAGCAUCCCAUUGGUUCCUUCAUGAACCCCCCCAUGAGCAUCCAAUUGGUUCCUGGAUGUCUUCAUGCAUAUGACACUUUUGAAUGUGGAGUCAAAAGGAAAGUACAAGUAUUAUAGGCCUCAGGGUGUGUUUGCCACCGCUGUGUGAGCAAACAAUGACGGAGGACAGGCUGAAGGCGGACCCCUCCAAGCGGGAGGGGCUGGACUCAGUAGAGGGAGACACAGAGCCCAGCCUGCUGCUGCAGAAACUAAAGAGCAACAUCUCUAAGAAUGUACAGGGCAAAGUGGACAUUAUCCUGCAAGAUGUGCAGCGCUUCUCUGACAACGACAAACUCUACCUUUACCUCCAGCUGCCUUCUGGCCCCAGUUCAGGGGAGAAAAGUCUGGCAAUGGCCCCGCUGGCACAACUUAGGCGGUGGUGUAUUUCUGCAUCGAUGUCAGCUUUGGAGGAGAGAACACUGCCAAGCAGCAGCAGUGACCCCAGCUCCUUCAACACAGCUGACCAGCUGCACACCUGCAACUGGAUCCGCAGCCACCUGGAGGAGCAUGCAGACACCUGCCUGCCCAAGCAAGACGUCUACGAGACAUACAAGAGAUACUGUGAAAACCUGCAGCACCGGCCUCUGAGUGCUGCCAACUUUGGGAAGAUCAUCCGUGACAUCUUCCCCAACAUCAAAGCCCGGAGGCUCGGUGGCAGGGGACAGUCCAAGUAUUGUUAUAGUGGAAUCCGCAGGAAGACGGUGCUAAACAUGCCACUGUUGCCAAACCUGGACCUGAAAAACGACCCAUCGGAGCUGACGGAGCUGGUGCAGACCUACAAGCAAGAGGUGACGGAGGCGGCUUGUGAGCUCAUCUGUGAUUGGGCCCAGAAGAUCCUCAAGCGUUCCUUUGACACAGUGGUCGAGAUCGCCCGUUUUCUUGUGCAGGAGCACAUCGUCAAUCCGCGCUGCAGCCAGGCUGAACUUGUCACUUCUGCCGCUAUGGCAGGAGGUCCUGCAAAGCCCCACAAGGUGAUCAAGAAGAACCCAGUACCAUCCAAAGGAGGUGGGCCAGAGAUGGAAGGGAGCAGCUCUGAAGCUAAGGUAAGGGAUAAAGACGUUGGGGAUCAGUCGUUGCCAGGGAAACUGCAGUCCAGUGACAAGGCUAUGAAAGGGGCGGAGUCUGUACGCCCGGGGGGUCGCGAAUUGCAGGUGGAGGCUCUGAUGAAACACUUGCCCCGAAUCCUGCCUCGCAGCUCUGUCCCGGAAAAGUCCCAGCUUUCGGUGCGCUCCUCGCCUCCCUCGCUGGCGCCCAAAGACGCAGGGGGCAUGAAAGUCAUCACAAUGACUGCCCUGCCCCAGCAGCAAGGGGGCGCUCUCCCCGUCAUGAUCCUCCCCCAGAGCGUCAGCCUCUCCUACCCCGACAGGGAAAAAGCCCCAUCAAUCACUAUGGCGCCCGUGGCACCAACGUCGGUGGUGCAGAGGGCUCGCGCAGUGGGCAAACGGGCCCCCGAGGCAGCAAGUGGGGGCCCCGGGCCGGGAGGCACGCCGGCCAAACGUAAACGAGGACGACCCAGGAAGCCACGGCCAGAGGACACCACCCCCCCGCAGCCGCCCCCUCCACCCUUACCCUCGGUCAACCAAGCCCCUAUUAUGAAUUCCCUCACCGGAGGGGUGAUCCAGAAAGCCUGCUCUUCCUCCUCCUCCCAGGUGGUGGAGGUCGUAUUCCAGGACCAGCAGGCCGUGGUACUAGGUCAGCUGCAUUCGGUAGCGGACACAGGUGACCCAGAGCACCGUGGCGUGGUGCUCGAGACUGACCCACGGCCCGUGCUGCUGCUGUCAGGGGCCAGUCACACAAACUGGGACAUGGGCAGGGCCAUGGUAGAGGUCAUCCAGAGGGCCCCGAGACCACCCACCAUCAUCACCAAGAACAACAACAACUCCCAGUCUACCCCCCAGCACCGCCUGCCCCUGCCCACUGUGCUGGAGGAUCGAGGGGAGGUGGAGAUCACCCUCACCCCCGUGGAGCAUUCGGACGAUCUGCCGACCCCCACUGGCCAGGCUAGCUCGAUCCCCACUGCCCAGGCUAGCUCGGAGGGUGGCCCCACACCCGAUGACAGCUCUAAAAAACCUAGCCCUGGCCUUCCUUGUCCCAGAGACUAAGGAGCACUAAGGGACUUUAUACUACCCUUAGGGGGAGGAUAACCACCCCCAAUCAUCUUCUCCCAUGUAGCAUCUUCUCCCCGAUUGGUGGAAAUCCAAGAUUGGUAGUGCAGAGAGCCAAGAAGGAUCGAUGAAGCCUAAACACUAUUAAUCCCUGUUGACCUUCCGUUUAUAACUCUUUGCUGUGACUCUAACUGCAUGUUUGUCUUUGUAAUUGUGAGCAGAGAGAGCGAUAAAGGCGGUUCCAUAGUUCUUAUGACGAGGGGGGUAUUUACGGGUUCGGACCUUUUAAGGUAUUAAGUGCUACUCUCCCUGAGAGGAACUCCCCUCAGUGUUUAUUUUCUUUUAAUAAUAUACAGUUGAAAUCGGAAGUUUACAUACACCUUAGCCAAAUACAUUUAAACUCAGUUUUUCAUAAUUCCUGGCAUGUAAUCCUAGUAAAACUUCCCUGUCUUUGGUCAAUUAGGAUCACCACUUUAUUUUAAGAAAGUGAAAUGUCAGAGUAACAUUUUAUUUAUUUCAGCUUUUAUUUCACAUUCCCAGUGAGUCAGAAGUUUACUAAUCAUUGCGUUUACUUGAUAGCUACCUACACAAAUAGCUAGCUAGAACAAAGUGUUAAUAAGAUAAAUUCAUUUAAAAAGAUUAAAAGCAAUACAAAUAAGUUAUCCAGUAGGCAUCUACUGAGGGAGCUAAGAGCUGUGUUGUCAGUAUUUGGUAGCAUUGCCUUUAAAUGGUUUAACUUGGUUCAAACGUUUCGGGUAGCCUUCCACAAGCUUCCCACAAUACGUUGGGUGAAUUUUGGCCCAUUCCUCUUGACAGAGCUGGUGUAACUGAGUCAGGUUUUUAGGCCUCCUUGUUCGCACACGCUUUUUCAGUUCUGCCCACACAUUUUCUAUAGGAUUGAGGUCAGGGCUUUGUGAUGGCCACUCCAAUACCUUGACUUUGUUGUCCUUAAGCCAUUUUGUGCCACCCCUGUGCUUCACAGUUGGGAUGGUGUUCUUCGGCUUGCAAGCUUCCCCCUUUUUCCUCCAAACAUAACGAUGACUCAUUAUAGCCAAACAGUUCUAUUUUUCUUUCAUCAGACCAGAGGACAUUUCUCCAAAAACCGUUGUCUGGCUUUUUAAUGGCGGCUUUGGAGCAGUGGCUUCUUCCUUGCUGAGUGGCCUUUCAGGUUAUGUCGAUAUAGAUACUUUUGCACUUGUUUCCUCCAGCAUCUUCACAAAGUUGUUUUCUGCUGUUCUGGGAUUGAUUUGCACUUUUCGCACCAAAGUGCGUUCAUCUCUAGGAGACGGAAUGUGUCUACUUCCUGAGAGGUAUGACGGCUGCAUGGUCCCAUGGUGUUUAUACUUGCGUACUAUUGUUUAUACAGAUGAACAUGGUACCUUCAGGCGUUUGGAAAUUGCUCCCAAGGAUGAACCAGACUUGUGUAGGUCUACAAUUUUUUUUCUGAGGUCUUGGCUGAUUUAUAAGUGAAAUAAUCUGUCUGUAAACAAUUGUUGGAAACAUUACUUGUGUCAUGCACAAAGUAGAUGUCCUAACCGACUUGCCGUAACUAUAGUUUGUUAACAAGAAAAACUAGUUUUAAUGACUCCAACCUAAGUGUAUGUAAACUUCCGACUGUAUAUCUUUGGUUGUGUUAUGUUAAUGUUUGUAGUUGUGCUUUCAAAUAGACUUCCAGAGUAAAGGAGAAUGCAUGACUCGCUGCUGGUGGAGCUGCAUUUAAAUAAUGCCCCCCUCAAGCAUCAGAACUGGGUCUGCCACAGUGUUGUAAAAAAUUGUGUGACAAGAUUGUGAGUUUGCCCCCUCCCCCUUCUCCAAAUCCAUUAAAUUGGAGUGUGACAACGCGAGCACUUACCAGGUCGUCAUGCCAAUAUUACAGCACUUCCUGUUAGCGAUUUAGCAUAGAUUACGAAACGUAGACACCAUAUAGGCUGGACUAUGACAAACAGUCAUUAAAUAUGCCUAUUUUGAACUUGCAUCACCUCGGGCGAAAGCGUCAAAGCACAAACCUGCGAGCCUAGUGUAAACCUUGAGCGCAGCAAAGAGAUAUAAUUAAAUAUUAGCUCAGAUUUAGAAAAUGAUUUAGCCUGAUGCUAAGCUAAUGCAGGUUGCCAAGCCCUUUUUUUAUAAGUUAUGGAUGUUGUACCUUAGUCCUAGAGUGUAUAAAUAUUAUAUAAUUUUCACAUUUUCAAACUGUCUGGCAGAGACAACUAUUUUUAGUCACCCUUUGCCAAACUUUCAGCCUCUGGCCUUGCCUAGGGGUGCAUACAUCUUUGGUGCUGAACUGAGGCAUAUUGCAAUACAUAGCAGUACAUGAUAAUGUAAGAUAUUGAUACCCUUCAAUCCAAACCCAGCAUAUCAUCCAAAGUAUCAUCAACCUUAAAUAGGCUGGUUUUGUGUUUUUUAUAACUUCCGUCCUUUGACAAUGGGUGAUUUCAAUUUGUGAUCCCCAGCCUCAGCCCUUUUGGAAUUAAAUUGAAGCAGACAACAAGAAUAUUUGCACUGAUAUGAAGAAAUCAAAAAGGGAAGAGCCUGUUGGUUAGAACAUAUAAUAGUAGUGAUUACUAGGAAUUAAAACAAUGAUUAAAAACCUGCUAUAUGCUUGAGGUAGUUUUAGAUGAGGCUAUGUUAGCUUUAUUUUUCAUUAGAGUUGAUGGUGAAAUUUGACUGAAUUGAGAAUGAGCACUACGGAAUUAGACUUUAUUAUUAGCCUAUGCCAUGUUAUUGUCCUUCUGUAAACUAUGGGCUUAUGAAGAGAGAAACUUUAUGUAAAUUCAUGAUGCAUUCAUUUGGUACUGUAUUGGUGAGGACACAAGUUUGUCUACACACUACACUAUUUCCUGGGAAAACAGGGAUUCCCUAUGUCUGUCUUAAUAGAUUUUCUCCCCAACCAGUAUGUAGUACAAGGGUGACCAACCAUAUACAUACAUGUGGCCAACCUUCUUGCUUGCAGGCUUUUGUCCCAGCCCUGUUCUUGCACACCUGAUUCUAUUCUACUAAUCAGCUACUCAUGAUUAGGUAAAUCAGUUGUGUUAGAGCAGAGCUGGAAUGAAAUCGUGCAGUGCAUACCUUGUAGCUGUGAGGAGGGUUGGCCACCCCUGAUCUAGUGUAUUCUAUUGGUCUGUUAAUUGUGUAAUUACAUGUGCAUAGUUAUAGUAACUCAACUUAUCCUCGUUGAUGACAUUGGAGUAUGAGCUAGCAAUGAUCUCAGAGUUGUAUUAGUCAAUUGACAGAUCAAGUUAAUAUCAGUAAGAGGUGGGUUUUACUUUGAAUGAAAACUACUGAUAAACUGGAGGCCCAGGGGACACAAACGGGUAACCCCUUCCCUAAGUAAGUGCAGGUCCUUUGGUGUGCAGUUAAAUGAGUUGCAGUUAGUGAAUGAGUGAGUGGGAGAACUUUUUCACUGUGGAGCCACGGUGCUCAAAAGAAACGGGUUAGAGAAUCAAAGAUAAGGAUCGGGAUCCGGGUAGCGGAGCCUUGACCAUAACUGGCGGUCAAACCACAUCAUGACCGACCACGGUCCAGCUCUGUAGAUGCUCUGUUGAUGGUGGUAACUCUCUGUAAACCAGCCCAGCUAGCUAUGUAGUGGUUAAGUAGCUUCAUAGCUUUGCUUUGCGGUUUGUUUGAGUCAUGCAAAUAAGAAGAUUGCAAAUUAGUCAUUUUGCUAUUGUUGUUUUAUCAAAUCUAUAAAAACAUGAUUUAUCAUAUGUGCUUUUGUUGAUAUGAGUCAUUAAAGUUUCAUUCAUUGUA